CCGGGUCAAUGAUUGAGUGGCGGGGACCUGGGCGGGCAGGCAGAAAGCGAAGACGGAGUACGAUUGGCCAGCAAGGGGAGGGCCUCGAUCGCGGCGCCGGUUCCAGAGUAGCGGCGGGCCAUGGCUUCCCGCGGCAGGCGCUGGCUGCGCGGCCUGUGGGCCGUGGGGCAGCCCCUGUUCCAAGGUCGUGCGCUGCUCGUCACCAACACGCUGGGCUGCGGUGCUCUCAUGGCGGCCGGGGACGGCAUCCGCCAAUCGUGGGAGGUCCGCGCCCAGCCUGGCCAGAAAUACGACCCGCGGCGCUCAGCUAGCAUGUUUGCAGUGGGCUGCAGUAUGGGCCCCUUCCUGCACUACUGGUACCUCUGGCUGGACCACCUGCUCCCAGCGUCCGGCCUCCGCGGUCUCCCAAACGUCCUCAGGAAAGUCCUCAUCGACCAGCUGGUGGCCUCUCCCAUGCUAGGCGUCUGGUACUUCUUAGGCCUUGGCUGCCUGGAGGGCCAAACCCUGGAUGAGAGCUGCCAGGAGCUUCGGGACAAGUUCUGGGAAUUCUACAAGGCCGACUGGUGCCUUUGGCCAGCCGCGCAGCUGGUGAACUUCCUCUUCGUGCCCUCUCAGUUCCGAGUCACCUACAUCAAUGGCCUGACGCUGGGCUGGGACACGUACCUCUCCUACCUGAAGUACCGGGUGAGCACGGUCCCUGCUGCGACCGUCCCGCAAGACUGAUCCCAGCCACAAGACCGGUGGGCUCGCUGGGUGAAGAGGAGUCCAGAGGGGCGAAUGGGUUGUGUCACCAGGCCCUCUUGCACGGACAGACCUUGGGCCCGUCCACCCCCAGGCUGCAUGGCCCUGGGCCCCAUGCAGACUGGGCUGCCCCAACCCUCCCAGCUGGGUGUCAGAAAGCGAGACUGACACUCAGCAGGCCAGGCCUGGUCCUGGCCCCACCCCGACUCUGAGGCAUCUGGCUGGGCGGCCACUUCCAAGCCCAGGACUGGACUUGAGUCACCUGCUCGGGAACACAGCCAUGAAGAUGGAGGGUCAUCCAGGAGCCCUUCUCGCCACAGGCCGCAGUGAACCUUGGCAGCCAUGUUCCGCCCUCAGUGCCUGGCCCCAGCCAGCCGGGCCCGAGCCCCAAAGCCUCAACACCACUAUGGGCUGGGCCCUGGGCCCAAGGUGGGGACGCGGCCCAUGCCCUUAGAGCAGGGCGGAGCCCAGAGUUGACCCCCCUCAGACACUGGAGCCUUAGGCAGGGCCGGGUGGCCUCCAGCAUCCUGCUCGGGUCACGAAAGUUCAAUUAAAUUAUCUUGUCCUUGAAA